UGACUUCAUGGCAGGGAGCUUGUCCAUAGGAGGUCGGAGCUUACAAGGUGUGAGAAAUAUUUAACCUUUGCACAUGCUAGCUUGCUUUGUGGAUGUGAAUGCGUGUGAGCUGGUGCUGUAUGGACAGCUGACAAGCAAGGACCCACACAUGAUGUAUAUAAAGGGACUUUGUGUUUGAGUGAAAGUCACUUUGUGACUGAAGCCUUUCACUCACAGAAUGAAUGCCUUUCAGACGAUCUUCCUCUUGACUGUUGGUCUCUCUGUAGCCCACUCACUGGACUACAAGGCUCUCCAUCAGUUCAGGGCCAUGAUCCUGUGUAUGUUACCUGAUAGCUGGCCUGCUCUUGACUAUGCAGACUAUGGAUGUUACUGUGGAUACGGAGGCUCUGGCACACCCGUUGAUGAUCUGGAUAGGUGCUGCCAGAUUCAUGACCAGUGUUACAGUGACGCCAUGCAGCAUCCGGAGUGCUGGCCCAUCCUGGAUAACCCUUAUACUGAGGUUUACUCCUACACCUGUGAUGAGGCUAACAGAAAGCUCUCUUGUACAAACCAGAACGAUGAAUGUGAGAUGUUCAUCUGUGAGUGCGACCGCAAAGCCGCAGAGUGUUUCAGCAGGUCAGAGUGGAACCCCGAGCAUGAGCACCUGCCAAGUGACCGGUGUCAGUAGAGUCCUGCACAAACAGCUGCGUCAAGCAAGGAAUCUGUGCCACCUGCAUUUACAAACUGCUAUAUUACUUCAUCUGGUGUCAUUCUGAGUCACAGUGACCUUACAGGAUCAUUUACUAAUGAUGUGAUUCAUGCGUGGUCUCUUAAGCGUCUAUCCUUUCUCCAUCUGGAUGCUUCUGGUUGGACUUGCUGCUAUAUCUCACCCUAAAUGUCAUCAUGUUUACCAUCCACUUGAGUGUGAUGGUAAUUGCAAUUUUUAGUGCAGUUUGCAGUCAGCAGAGGGCGCUGUUCCUCAUUUAUCCCAUUAGUGUGUCGGAAGACAGAAAAGCAUCGACUUGCUCCACAACAGUUCUUUUCACUUUAUGUAACAUAAUCAGAAAUAAUAAAUGACUUUUUUUCCCAGGGGGAAA